AAACCUUGUGAGCGGAACAACCAAAGUAGAGAUCCAUCUAUAAUCAAUUGCCACCCAUUACAGAAAUUAGCCAUCCAAUCUCCGAGAGAGAGAUAUGGCGGAGCAUGGCAGAAGAGGGUGGCAGCUGGUGCUGAUAUCAAGUCCACUUCAAGGCCACAUGACGCCCAUGCUCCAGCUUGGCUCAUACCUUCAAUCGAAAGGGUUCUCCAUAAUCUUUGCUCACUCCGAGCUCAACCCACCAGACCCUUCUAAUCACCCUGACUUCAUCUUCCUCCCUCUGCCGGAUAACUUAUCCGGCACAGGCAUCUCUUCCGGCAUCAAUCAGUUCUUGAAAGCUCUCAAUGAAAACUGCAGACCCCAUCUCGAGAAACACCUGAUUCAGAUGAUAAAUACACAAAAGGAAACAUCUGAAAAAGAAUCAAUCGUUAUCAUCUAUGAUAGCCUCAUGUUUUUUGCCGGAAACCUCGCCGGCGAUCUGGGUCUACCCUCCAUCAUCUUGCGCAGCAGCUGUGCAGCCUUCCUUCCUAGUUACUGGAUCAUCCCGCAGCUCCAUCAAGAAGGUCGAUUUCCUGUACAAGAUUCUUUUUUGCAGGAAAUGAUUCCAGAGUUCCAUCCAUUCAGAUACAAAGAUCUACCCUUUAUUGGCCUUCCAAUACAAGAAGUCCUUGAUUUGAUCGCAAUGAUCAGCCCCAAAACACCCCCUUCUGCUUUCAUUUGUAACACCCUCGAAUGUCUUGAACAGUCAACACUGACCCAGAUUCGCCAUCACUACCAAGUUCCGAUUUUUACAAUCGGCCCGUUGCACAAAACAUCUCCAACUCCUUCCACUAGCUUCCUUAAAGAAGAUACCAGCUGCAUUCCAUGGCUAGAUAAACAAUCACCCAAAUCAGUAAUUUACGUAAGCUUAGGAAGCUUAGCAACCAUAGAUACAAAAAUAGCAACUGAAAUGGUAUGGGGCAUAGCCAACAGUAACCAGCCCUUCAUAUGGGUGGUUCGACCGGGUUCGGUUCACGGGUGUGAUUGGAUCGAGUUUUUGCCGGAGGAUUUGGUAAGCGAGAUGAAGGUGAGAGGUAUGAUCGUAAAGUGGGCACCCCAGAAGGACGUAUUGGCACAUUCUGCAGUUGGAGGAUUUUGGAGCCAUUGUGGUUGGAAUUCGACUUUGGAAAGUGUAUGCGAAGGGGUUCCGAUGCUGUGUCAACCGUUUAGUAUCGAUCAAAUGAUGAAUGCUAGGUAUUUGAGUUAUGUCUGGAAGAUGGGUUUGGAAAUGGUUGUGGAGAGAGGGGAGAUCGAGAGUGCAAUCAGGAGAGUUUUGGUGAGCAAAGAAGGAGAAGUGAUGAGGCGUAGGGCUAUGGGGAUUGAAGAACAGGUUAGAGUUGCAGUUACCCAUGGCGGUUCUUCACGAAACUCCAUGAAUGAUUUGGUAGAGUUCAUAUUGUCAUUGUAAUUUAGGUAGCAUCCACAUUGAUGUUUCUAAAGUAUCAUUGAAAGUUGCCGGAUAGAGUAAUUUAGAAUGCCAUUUUCUAGUAGGGUUAUAUAUACAUAAAUGACUGAAAUCGUUGAUGGUUUUUUUG